AUGGCAUCUGGUGUUCAAGUGAGCGAUGAAUGCAAAACUGUCUUCCAGGACGUUAAGAUGGGUCACAAAUAUCGUUAUGUCAUUUUCUGCAUCUCAUCUGACCUGAAAAUGAUCCAGGUCCAGAAGAAAGCAGAACCAGGCGCUGAAUAUGAGGACUUCUUGGCAGACAUGACUGAGGCAGAGGAUUUGUGUGAAUGCAGAUAUGCCAUCUUUGAUUUUGAGUACUUAACCAAAGACAACCAAUCAAGAAACAAACUGAUCUUCUUCAUGUGGAGCCCAGAAAAGGCAAAGAUAAAACAAAAGAUGGUGUAUGCAAGUAGCAGAGAUGCCUUGAAGAAAGCCUUGGGUGAAGGCAUAGCCAAGGAGGUCCAGGCAAACGAUCAUGGAGACCUUAAAUGGGAAAGUAUCAUGGAAAUCAUCAGUAGAACAGAGAGAACAUAA